AUGGCAGACAAGGAUAAUUCAAAAACUUAUCACUACGACACGUAUUUGGCAAAAACUAAUAACGCAAACUCAUUAAAGUGCAAUGAAACUAAAACGUGCAGUAACGCCUCUUCCUUAAUGCAUAAUCCAACAAGUAAACAAUCGAUCGAUAGCAGCAAGUGCUGUUGUUGUACUUUAAGUUCCCGUUCAGCAACAUUUUGGGCUAGUUUUCUAACUAAUUUGGGAAUUUGCACCUUACUUUUCGGUUACACUCUGUUGGGUUCAUUUAUAUUCCUUGCCAUAGAAGGCGGCGCGUCACAAAUGCAACAAAGAACUUUAGCCUCGACAACUCGUCAAAUUAAACCAGCACAAUCAACAAACAAUAACAUUCAUGUAAAUAAUAUCAACAAUCAUUCAAAAAAUGUAAGUUUGUCACCCGCUGCUAUGCAAGAUGUUGUCGAAGUCAGAGAUCGAUGCGUUGAGAACAUUUGGGAUGUCACAGUCUCGUUGAAUGUACUCUACCGAGAGAAUUGGACUAGAUUAGCUGCAUCAGAAAUAGCAAAGUUCCAAGAUCAAUUAAUAAAACGUCUCAUCGAUGAUAUGUCAUCACAAAUGGAAACAUUGUCACCAUCAACUGGCGCCAUUACCGUCUCUACACAUCAACUUACGCCUGGGGUCGUAUACGAUUACGAUUGGAGCUUUGCCCGUGCUUUUCUAUAUUCGCUGACAGUAUUGACUACAAUCGGUUAUGGUACCAUUGCACCUCGUACAACAUUGGGUCGUGUCGUAACCUUAGCAUAUGCCCUUUUUGGCAUCCCACUAACAUUAAUUUAUUUAUCAAGCACGGGUGGUGUGUUAGCGAGAUUGGCACGACGAGUGUUUUCCAGAGCUCUGUGCUGUUGUCUGUGUUCGAAUUGUGGCUAUUGUUGUUACGAUGAAAAACGAAUGGCUGAGAAAGAGCGAAAAAUGAAAAAGAAGCGUCAACAAAUGGAAAUGAGAGUGCAACAACUAGCACUACAGGAGCCUUACUAUGUUCGUUCCGGUACACUUACAAACAAUAACUCAAAGAACAACAUUCAUUCACCAGAAAAACAUCCGCCGACUAUUCUUCUGCCACCUGAUAUCGAUUCACUAAGCACGUCUGAAUCUCAUACAUCGUCGAUGCAUGGCUUGAGUAUAUUGGCACCGAUUUCCUUAUGUCUAUGUAUGAUGAUCGUUUACAUUGUAAUUGGUGCACUAGUUUUGUAUAGAUUAGAGGAAUGGCCGAUGAUGGAUGGCAUUUAUUUUUGUUUCAUGGCUCUUUCAACUAUUGGAUUUGGUGAUUUAAUGCCAGGCCUUCGUAAAGACUCAACCGCAACACUUUGGUUCUGUUCUAUUUACAUCAUGUCAGGUAUGGCACUCACAGCGAUGUGUUUUAAUGUUCUCCAUGAUGAGAUUAUGCAUCGUAUAAAACAUGUUGUCGAUAUCAAAAGUGCAAAUUCAUUGAAUCAUCAAAGAACACCGACGUCAUUAAUCUACGCACCAGAAACUGAACUUAACGUUAUAAAAGACUGUACUAUAUCUCAUGAGUUGAUUCCAAUAGUCACAAUGAAUGCAAAUGGUGUACAUCAACAUCAGUAUCAUUCAUCGACAUUGCCUGAAAUGUUAGAUAACAUUCCUGACAUGACACAAUACGAAAACAACGAGUCGGUGAUGCUGUCACAGUUAGAUAUAUUUCAACAGCAACAAAUUCAACCAAUUGUGACAUCGACAAGCGUCACACUCUCGCCUCCUUCACAGGUGGUGAAUAUCAUGACGGGGGUGUAUACACUACAAGAAGAACCUGAAGAGACGGAUGACAAUGCGAUAUAA